UAUUUGAUUACCACCAUUUCAUGUAACAGAAAAAACCAAACAGAUAGACAGAGACGAAAGAUCAAAGAAGAGCAAGAAAAUACAGUAAGAGAAUAUAGGAAGGAAAGAAAAGUUUUUGAGUGGGUAGAGGAUUGAAUUUGGUAUGGAAGUUCGCCGGCAGAAAAUGCCGAAAUUGGCUAUCAACUUAGAGACGGAUUUGUGUCUAGGAUUACCGGGAGGAGGAGGUAUGGAUGGUGGUGGUAGUGGCGAUAAUACGCCGAGCAAUUUUAAUCUAUUAUCAGGGAAGAGAGGAUAUUCUGAUACAUCUAGUGUUGAUUUGAAGCUUAACCUUAUUCUAUCUAAUAGUAAGGCAAGUGUCGUCCAAGAGGAUUCAAUAAUGGAGGAAAAUAAGAGUAAUAAUAAUUCAUCUUCGUCUUCAUCUACUGCUUCUCAUAAGGAAACUAAAAAUCUUCUUCCUAAUUCUUCCUGUACCGAUGAGGAUGAUCAAGCAAAACCUUCUGCUCCCAAGACACAAGUAGUGGGUUGGCCACCUGUUAGAUCUUCCGGGGCACAAGUGGUGGGUUGGCCACCUGUUCGAUCAUACCGGAAGAACUUGAUUACUUCUUCCAUCCAGAAGAACAGUUCCGACGAAGAAGAGAAGGUUAGCGGCAACGUCAAUCCAGCUUUUGUUAAGGUUAGCAUGGAUGGUGCACCUUAUCUGCGUAAGGUGGAUUUAAAUUUGUACAACAGCUACAAGGACCUUUCUGAUGCCCUAGGAAAAAUGUUUAGUUCCUUCACAAUUGGAAACUGUGGACCUCAUGGAAUGAAGGAUUUUAUGAACGAAAGCAAGUUGAUGGAUCUUUUAAAUGGGUCGGAGUACCUGCCAACCUACGAAGAUAAGGACGGUGACUGGAUGCUCGUUGGCGAUGUCCCAUGGAAGAUGUUUGUUGAUUCAUGCAAGCGUAUACGUAUUAUGAAAGGGUCCGACGCACUUGGACUUGCAGCACCAAGAGCUGUGGAGAAAUGCAAGAAUAGAAGCUGAGGGAUUAGGGUUAUAACCACAUCCAGCUUGUUUUAUCUCUCAAUUCUUCCCAUUCCAGAUCAAAAUAAAACAACGAUAACAGUGAUUAAUUUCUCCCGAGUUGGAACGAGCAGGGUUGUGUAGUGUGUUUGAUAAAUAUAUAUGUAUUUAUAUUUAGAUACAAAAGGUAAACAAAAGUAUGAAAUAUUUUUGUUGUAAAAGAAAGUAAGAAAACUUAAGUUUACAAAAGACUACUUCUUGGUUAUUGUAAUGGCUUCCACAAUAAUCAUCUUCUUGUUGUUUGGUUUUGUAUUCCUGAAGUUGCCGUGUCUUCAAAUGUUCCACUUAUUUGUAUUUGUAUGUCCAUUUUGAAUUGAUUUAUGCUUUUGCAA